AUGACAACAGAGAAGAGCUUAGCGGUGGACGCCGACGAUUCGGAGCAGCAGCAAGCCAAGGAGGAGGGAGCUGCUGAAACACAAAAGCAAGAGGCUUCCCUAGAGCAAGGAGCUCAGCAGACGUCGGACGGACAGCCUGCAGUGGGGCAGAAGCAGACGGCCUCCAACGGCGAUACACCCACGCAAGAGGAGCAGAGCAAGAAGGAGCGCCGUACCUCCGAGGGCCGGGGUCUCUCCCGCCUGUUCUCAUCCUUUCUCAGGAGGCCCAAGUCUCAGGUGUCCGAAGAGGACAAAGACACUGAUGUUGCUAAAGAGGCAGGCGGUGACCAGAAAGACCCGGGACUAGGAGCCAGCCCUGAUGAAGACAUCCUGGUGAAAGCCCCAAUUGCAGCUCCUGAGCCUGAGCUCAAAACUGAUCCAUCAUUAGAUCUCCAUUCCUUAAGCAGUGCAGAAACACAGCCUGCGCAGGAGGAGAGGAGGGACGACCAGGAGCCGGAGAGCAGAGCCCUCGGGGGUAAGGAAGGAGGGGAGGCGAAGGAGGAGUGCGCCAAGCCAGAGCCGAAACAAGAGAGUCCGGAGACCAAAGCAGACAAGGAUUUGAAAGCCACCCAGAAAGCGGUAAAAAGACACAGAAACAUGUACUGCAAAGUUGUCUUGCUGGAUGACACCAUUUUUGAGUGUGCCAUGGAUAAACAUGCCAAGGGGCAGGAUCUACUUAAAAAAGUCUGCGACCACCUCAAUCUCCUGGAAGAAGACUACUUUGGUUUGGCCAUAUGGGACACGCCGACCUCCAGGACGUGGCUGGAUCCUGCCAAAGAAAUAAAAAAACAGGUUCAUGGAGGCCCCUGGGAUUUUACCUUCAAUGUCAAGUUUUAUCCACCGGAUCCUGCGCAGCUGACGGAGGACAUAACCAGGUAUUACUUGUGUCUUCAGCUUAGACAAGACAUCACCACGGGGCGGCUACCCUGUUCCUUUGCGACUUUGGCUCUGCUGGGUUCGUACACAGUCCAGUCUGAGUUGGGAGACUACGAUCCAGAUCUGCACGGCCCAGAUUAUAUCAGUGAAUUUAAAUUGGCCCCGAACCAGACAAAAGAGCUGGAAGAGAAGGUUGUGGAGCUUCAUAAAACAUACAGAUCCAUGACUCCAGCCCAAGCAGACCUGGAAUUCCUUGAGAAUGCAAAAAAGCUAUCUAUGUAUGGAGUCGACCUUCACCAAGCCAAGGACUUGGAAGGAGUGGAUAUCACUCUGGGAGUCUGUUCCAGUGGCCUUCUUGUUUACAAAGAUAAACUGAGAAUCAACCGCUUCCCUUGGCCCAAAGUGCUGAAGAUUUCCUACAAACGCAGCAGCUUCUUUAUUAAGAUUCGGCCAGGGGAACAAGAACAGUAUGAAAGUACAAUUGGGUUCAAGCUACCAAGUUACCGGGCAGCAAAGAAGCUGUGGAAAGUAUGUGUUGAACAUCACACGUUUUUCAGGCUGACUUCCACCGAGGCCAUCCCGAAGAGCAGGUUCCUGGCGCUGGGCUCCAAGUUCCGCUACAGCGGCCGGACGCAGGCGCAGACGAGGCAGGCGAGUGCCUUGAUCGACCGACCGGCUCCCCAGUUCGAACGGACGGCAAGUAAGCGAGCCUCCAGGAGCCUCGAUGGAGCUAAACGUGCGACUCAAAAAGUUGAGUUCAGAGCCAUAGAGGAAGAGAAGCAGGAGAAGGUGGUGGUGGUUGAGGUUCCUGAACCAAAACCCGCGGAUCAGAUCCGAGAGAAGCCAGCAGUGGCCGUGAUAACCCCCGAGAGGAGUCCCCGUCCCACCUCUGCCCCGGCCAUCGCUCAGAGCCACGCUGCAGAACCAGUCCCAGCUAAGCCCGAUGCGAAGGACGUGGUCGCUGCCUCUAAAGUAGAAAAAGAAGCAGCAAAACCUGAUGCGAGACGUGAAGAAAUCCCACCGGAGAAAGCCAAGCCGGAGCCAGCCGAUGCAUCAAAGAAAAGAUCAAAGAGGCUAGAUGGUGAAAACAUUUAUAUCAGGCAUAGCAAUUUAAUGUUGGAGGAUCUAGAUAAGACCCAAGAAGAAAUAAAGAAGCAUCACGCCAACAUCAGUGAGUUGAAGAAAAACUUUAUGGAGUCCGUCCCGGAGCCUCGGCCGAGUGAAUGGGACAAACGCUUGUCCACUCACUCCCCUUUCCGAACCCUCAACGUCAACGGGCAGAUUCCCACGGGAGCGGAUGGACCACCGCUAGUGAAGACACAGACAGUCACCAUCUCCGACGUGUCCAGCGCCGUCAAAAGUGAAAUUCCCACGAAAGAAGUCCCCAUCGUCCACACGGAGACAAAGACCAUCACCUACGAAGCUGCACAGACAGACGGUGGCAAUGGGGAUUUAGACCCUGGCAUCCUGCUGACUGCGCAGACCAUCACUUCGGAAACCACCAGCAGCACCACCACCACGCAGAUCACGAAGACUGUUAAAGGUGGCAUUUCAGAGACACGGAUUGAAAAGAGGAUUGUCAUCACGGGAGAUGCAGAUGUAGACCACGACCAGGUUCUAGCGCAGGCGAUAAAGGCAGCGAAGGAGCAGCACCCGGACAUGUCGGUGACCAAAGUGGUUGUGCACCAGGAGACCGAGAUCGCAGAGGAGUAGCGAGGCCGUGAAGCGUUCCUGCCAGACACAACACCAGGAAAAAGAAACCCAGCAAAACUACCAAGAAACUACCUGGAGCACAAAGACCUCGGAUUUACAAGACUUGACGCUCAGAGACAUUCGUAUCAUUUCUUAGGAGUUGCGCUUUGACAUUUUACUUGGGAUUUUCCAGACUCCACUGGAUCCUAUUGGAUAUAGGGUUUUGAGUUUUUUUUU